AUGCUGCAACCCCCCGGUAUAGCAUUCGAUGCAACUUCUGGAUCGAGACGUGCGUCAAGACCAUCGAGUCCAGGACGGACUGCCUACGUGGUCGAGAAUGAGCAACUACCAGAGGACGACUUCAAUCGAGGACCACUGCAGCCAAGUCUGGACAGAACAAGACGUCUCGCAAAGGCUUUGGCAUGUGCCCUGGGAAGCGGCGCUGUACACACUGAACCCGGCUCCCAUAUCAGCCGUCUCUAUGCCAAAGCACGGGAUUAUGCAGACUUUCGAUGCCCCUCGACGCGCACCGUCGGCUUCGUGGGGCAAUCUGGAGUCGGCAAGAGCAGUCUGCUCAAUUCACUCCUGGAUAGAAAAAACUUUCUGAGGACGGGUAACAGUGGCAUGGCAUGCACGUGUGCCAUUGUCGAGUUCCAUUACCGGGAGGCCAACGACUUUCUGUUAGACGUGGUCCAUUUCGACACAAAUGAAAUGAAAGGACGACUCUCGGAGCUCCUUGGUUUUUACAGAGCUCAUCAUCUUGAGCCCGCUGAGGGACGCACGCAAGAUCCAGGCGUGCUAGAUAACAUCGCCACCCGGGCAAGCCUCGCUGAGCACACUUUUAAGGCCAUGUUCUCAUCUCCACGUCUGGAAGAGCUGCUGAGCGGGAGCGAGGCUUCAGCCUUGGCCACGCUGCUGCAUUGGCAAGAGAUGUCGACCCCUACCAUAAUCGACGGUCUUGUCGCCUACUCUACUCAGGAACAAUGCUCACACGCACUCUUGCGGCUUUCGUCUGAGCAGUGGCCCUCUGAUGAAGACGGGGGACUCGUGAAGUCGCCGUGGCCCGUGUACAUGAAAGCACAUAUCUUGAGCAAGGGGCUUGUCUUGGUUGAUCUACCAGGUCUCAACGAUUUGAAUUCGGCACGUCGUAACGUGACGGAACGAUACCUCGUUGACAGAGAAUGCGAUGACAUAUUUGCUGUUUGUCGUAUUGGCCGUGCCACAACCGACGAGUGCGUUAAGCAAGUGUUUGAGCUCGGUCGCCGAGCAGGGUUACCCAGUAUUGGGAUUAUUUGCACAUGUUCAGACGAUAUCAGAGAGAACGAGGCCGCAAGAGAUUCGCCACGCCCCCGGGGAUCUAGGAUCGCCAACUUAGCAAAGGACCGGGACAACGCCAGUGCCGAGGUCAAGGAUUUGUAUCGUGACCUUGGACUGGACGAUGACUCGACCGACGAUGAGGACUGCUCGCCCGAAAGAAAGGAAGACAUGUGGCGCAGGCUCCGUCGUGCCAGGCGAACGCUUGAUGAGCGCCAAUUCGAGCUGAGUGAUCUCAUGAUCAACGGCCGCAACGACGACGUGCUUCGUCAGCUUCGAAACGAAGACAAUCUGGUCUCCCCUAAUCGAGCCGUGCUUGCAUUUUGUAUCAGCAACACGAUUUGGUGGAAACAUCGAAACGAUCUAGACGGCCAGUCCUCGCGAUGGCUGGAACUCAGUGGGAUCCCUCGCCUGCGUCAAUACUGCAUUGGUUUGGUUUCUCGUAACCAAAUCAGUAUUGCUAUGUCGUUCAUCGAGCUGGACGUCUCUACGUUACUAUCAGACGUCGGUUCCUGGGUACUGACUGGCGCCGGGAACUUGACAGGUGAACAGCGACUACGGCUUCGUGAGAUACUCGAUGAGUUUGAGACAAACCUUAGAACGAGUGGUUCACCAAAGAAUGUUCUUGGAAGAGCAGCGCAGGUCUCGCAGAUCAUCGACCGAUUCAAUCGCGCUUGCCGGGAGACUGUCCUUGAUUGCCAGCACAGCGAAGUUUGGAGCGCUGCGGCUACCGACAAAGUGCGUGAUUGGUCCGGUUUUGCUUGGAAUACCUUUGCUGCUUUCUGCCGCCGACAUGGAGAGUUCCGACGUCCCGGUGGAGAACCCCUGUCCUGGAAUCAAGAAGCCAUGUCAGCGAUGGUUCAGGAUCUUGCCAACCCUACCAAGUCGCUCGAUUCUGUAAUCACGAAUCACGAGAAGCGUCUUUUGGAUAGCAUCGAGAAUGCCGUCGGCAUCCAUGCCCUAGGCAACGAUCUCAGGAUCCCGUCCGAGGCUAUGGAAGCCCUGCUCACGCUGCUGCCUGCUCGACAGCACCUCAUGAGAAUCAGCAUCGCUUCUUCGAUGGAAAAUUUCUAUACCAGUUACAAGUGGGCACUCGCCACUCUAGAGUCAUUGAGGGUCGCGACCGAAUCUAACAUACUUCUCAGGAUUCUCAAGCAUGACCUCACUCAGCCAUCCCGAACGGCAUUCUUCGGGCAAGCCCUCGAACCCACAUACCAAGCCUGUCAGCAAGAUGGCGGCAGUGGUCUCCGCAAUCGUAAUAUCAAUCGCAUUUCUGCCGCCAUGGGCGAUCCUGGCGUUUAUGAAGGCAUGAUCCGGCGAUUUCUCGCGGGCUUCGACCUGCAAACAGUGACAUUGGAGCAAUGUAUGCGGAAAGAGUUGACGCAGCACGUCAAUGCACUGGAGCGGUCGUUGGAUAUCUUGCGGACUGAGCAUGCAGCACAAGAGAGCGAACGAGAUCCCGCUCUUCGAGGACGAGUCCAUGAGGCACUGACCAAAGCCGUUGAAGAACUGGCAGAGGCGAAAGCACGAGUACAACAUUUGUCUCAGAGAAGUGGUUGA